AUGGUGAUGCUGUUAGACUACCAACAGAAUGGAUUUUAUUUUGGAACUGAACGGUUUAAAAAUAAAAAAGUGGAGAUACCAGAAAAAGAAAACAGCAUUCCGCACAUCUUAGAAAUCCAGAAAGCUAUGGUAUCUCACAGAAUCAAACUUCGUGCUGCCCUCGCCCGCAGUAGAAUAAGAGAUUGUGCUAUAAGUGUUGAAGCAUUACUUCCGAAGGAAGAGCAAGACAAAUUACAAUAUGCAGCACAACAGCCGGUUUAUGCAAGAGUGAACACGUGGAAGGCGUCUUAUAGUGAUAUACUAGAGACACUUACGAGUGAAGGUUUCUUAAUGGAGGAUAGCUUGCCUUCACCAGAAGAUGAUGAAAGUGGUUUAAGUGGGCGCUGUUUUAUGAAGGAUCCACAUUUUGAUAACUUGUUUGUGUUCUCACCAACAAUCAAGUUUCAACUGUAUGAUCAUGACUUGGUGAUAGAUGGCAAGCUGGCGAUACAGGUUUGUCAUUAGCUUGUUUUUAAAACAAAGAAUAACAAUGUAUUCUUACUUGUGAGGCAUUUCAGGAGCAUGAAUCAUAGAUCUUACUCUUAAUACUGUUAAAAAAACCGUUGAAUUAUUAACAGGAACAAAUAAUUAUAUGCGCAAUGUUUUCAUCUAGGGGUUUUUAAAAUCCUGGGGAGAUUCCCAAAUCUAAGGGAAUGUGAUGCUCUUUGGAAGAUUGGAAUUAAACCUCUAAUGGAUUUUUACUUCACGGAUUUUUGCCGACGUGCAACUUGUUUUGCACCAUUGCUGCAAGACGAGUGCAAUAGUUGUACGUUUUACCGACUACGAAUCAACCUGUCUUGCAACAAAUCAGUUUUUGGCAGCCGGGUUGUGAAAAGCAUCGUCAAAAGUAGAGUGUACAUAGUUCCACUUUUUGGAACCAAAUCUCUACAUGUUGGGCGUUUUACCGGCCCAAGGCAAACUUGUUUUGCAGUUACUGACGCAUCUCCUGUGUAUGGAGUGCCUCUCUUGUAAUUUUAUCCUGUUGGAAGGCAGUAUUCACGCAUCUUGCAGCAACCUAAAACGUUUAACAUUUUCAAUUCGUUUUGCAGCAAUGUUGCAAAACAAGUUGCACGUUUUUCUGUCCCCUUUUUACCGUACUUUUACUAAAUAAACGCAAUGUGCAUGCUUUGUGUAAAAAUUUUACCCGUUUAUGAUAAUGUGCGUGUAUUUUGUGCCCCGGGAUUUUUGCGUGUAUUUUUCACACACAUGUUUUUGCGCGUGCGUAUCUUGUUUAAACUGCGUGCAUUGUGCAGAUUUACACGUAUGAAAAUACGCUUGUAAUGCUUCAGUGCGCGUGAACCGUACUGUACGAUAGCCAGAAAACAAUGGGGUUACUCACAAAUCUCUAAGCAAAUGUAGCGGUAAUAUCGUCUGGGCAGAGGCGCAGAGCCUGACCCAUACUGGCGUUUUACAUUGCCCGCUUGCAACACUCACAGAGGUUGUUUGUCAUAUGUAAUCAUAUUGAAUACAGUAGGAGAGUUAUUUUUUUGUCCACACUCAUGACAUGAUUAACGUUUUAUCUUUGCUUAAGAACCAUCGUGCCUUUUUAUUAUUCUCAGGACAAGUCAUCUAUAGCAGCUGCCGAGGUGAUAAAUUCUAUAGUGCUGGAGUUUGCAUCACAGAAAGAGAAGACUUUUCAACUUAUUCCUGGCGCAGAUGUCAAGUCGGUUUUAGGCGAAGGAGAUGACUUGAUUCAGACACAUGCUGAGUCUGGUAUGUCUUAA